AUGAACGGUGGAGGAAAUGUGGUCUGCGUCACCGGAGCUUCCGGUUACAUAGCUUCUUGGAUUGUUAAGCUUUUGCUCCUCCAAGGCUACACCGUUAGGGCCACAGUUCGAAACCCAACGGACGCGAAGAAAACAGAACAUCUUCUUGCACUUGACGGUGCAAAAGAAAGACUCAAAUUGUUCAAAGCAGAUCUUUUGGAAGAAUGUUCCUUCGAGGAAGCUAUUAAAGGUUGUGACGCUGUCUUCCAUACCGCUUCUCCGGUUAAAUUCGACGUCAAGGAUCCUCAGACUGAGCUGAUUGAUCCAGCCCUAAAGGGUAUUAUGAAUGUCCUUAAUACAUGCAAAAGAGCUCCCUCUGUCAAAAGGGUAAUUGUAACGUCGUCCACGUCUGCGGUUUGUGUUCGUCAAUUGGAGUCAACCGAUGUCGUGGACGAGACUUUCUUCUCUGAUCCAAGUUUAUGCACGAAGAUGAAGUUAUGGUAUCCGCUUGCCAAGACUUUGGCAGAGAAUGCAGCCUGGAAAUUUGCCAAAGAAAAUGGACUCGACAUGGUCGUGAUGAAUCCAGGAUUUAUAAUCGGACCACUUUUGCAACCAACUCUUAAUUUCUCGGUAGAAAUUAUUGUGGAUAUCAUGAAUGGUAAGAACCCUUUCAAUAGUAGUCACUACAAGUUCGUGGACGUGAGAGAUGUUGCUUUGGCUCAUGUCAAAGCAUUGGAGACUCCGUCAGCCAAUGGCAGAUAUAUUAUGGAUGGUCCAAGUAUGAAGACACACGACAUUAAAGAGAUUUUGCUUGAAUCAUUUCCAGAUUUGUGUCUUGCUAACACGUGA